CGGCCACGCAAUACUUCGGAGUCACGAGUCUUCACCCUGUGCGCAGCGCAGAUCACUACGCUACGCGGCUGCCAUGGCGCUGUGGACCGGGCUGGGUCAGGCGGCGACGGUGGCGCAGCUUGUCGGCGCGGACGUCGGCGGGCUCAUCUCCAUGAUCAUGCAGGCCGCGCUGACGGCUCGGCAGAACAGGAGGGAGUGCGAGCAGGUGGCGCGCCGGGUCCUCAUGAUCGCCGAGCUGCUGCCGCACCUGGAGGCGUGUCAGGAGGCGGUCCGGCCGCUGGCUGGGCUGGGCGACACGCUCCGGGACGCGCACGAGCUCGUGGUGUCCUGCCAGGGGAGGAACCUGGCGUACCAGCUCGCCAUGGCCGGGAGGCAGGCCGACAGGUUCAGGGAGGUCCAGAGCAGGAUCGAUUCGUACCUCAUCCUCUUCCCCAUCAUCAGCCACAUCGGCAUAACCCGCCGCCUCGACCGAAUCUACAACAUCCUCGUUCCAGAUAGCGCCACAAGCUCAGCAUCUCCACCCUCCAGUUCGCCCCAGGUGCAGGAGCCUACUGAGGUCGCUCGGGAGGUUCUACCGCAUGGAACCGAAGAGUUCACGUUGGCAGAGAUCAUGGCGGGCACCAAUAAUUUCGCCGAUGAUACCAUGAUCGGUCAAGGUGGCUCUGCAAUUGUGUACAGGGGCAGACUUUCCGAUGGGCGUGAGGUGGCCAUCAAGCGCGCUCGGCACCCGAUCAGUUCCGAUCUGGAGGAUGAGUUCCGCACGGAGAUUGCCAUCCUCUCGCAGCUCCAGCACAAGCACAUCGUGCGCCUCCUUGGGACCAGCUGCUGGUCCAUGAACAAGGAGAAGCGCCUCUUAUCCUUCAGGAGGAAGCGGGCCGAGCGGCUUUUGGUGUACGAGUACAUGGACAACGACACGCUCCACGACCACCUGCACAAGCACAACCAACCAUCCUCCUCGCCGGUGACGGUGUCCUGGAAGAUGCGCAUCGAUGUGCUCCUGGGCGUGUCGCGCGCCAUCGAGCACCUGCACUGUCACGCCGUACCGCCGGUCAUCCACGGGGACAUCAAGCCGGCCAACAUCCUUCUUGACUCCAGCUGGGUCCCGCGCCUGUCGGACUUCGGUGCGUCGGUCCACUGGAACCCGAUGAAGGACACAUACGCCUACGUAGGCACAAUCGGGUACCUCGAUCCGGAAUACUUCCGCACAGGCCAUCUGAAGCCGGCGAGCGACGUUUACAGCUUCGGUGUGUUGAUGCUCGAGGUUCUGACGGGGAAGAAGGGGGUGGAGGUGGAGGGACCACUGUUUGACUUGCCGUCCUUCGCUCUCCCCAUCAUUGAGGCCGGCAAUGUAGAGGUGCUGCUGGACAAGCGCCCAUCACCGGAGGAGCCAACGCCGCGGCAGCUCCAGGCGCUGGAGUACUUGGCACAGACGGCAGCCUGCUGCCUGCAGUUCCAGGGGAAGAACCGACCGGUCAUUUCAGAGGUCGUCGCCAGCCUCGAGGCGGCCCUCGAGUUUAUGUGCAGUCAUGAUAGUUCGGUCGAUGCAGUGUUGUGCACCCGGCCCAAGAUGUGGGAAAAUCUUCGGUCGCUAAAGGAAAUUAAAUAGGUGCGAGAGCGUAACACUGGAGACUGAAGGGGUGCUAUCGGAUACAGAGUUCACUGAACCAAGAUAGUUUGCAUAAUACAACCCCCAAAGUUCACCAGCCUGGAUCUACAGUACAUGGCAUGCAGAAGAUACGAAGACAUUUGGAUGUCUGCUUGUGAAUCAGCCGAGGGAGGGAGGAUUGCCGUGAAAAAUUGUUUGGGUGGUGCUCAUCAAAAUUGCUCGGAAAGUAUCAUGCCGGUAGGUAUCAGUGGAGGGACGAUAUUUUUUACGACAGCGAUAUGAAUCUUCUUGCUCUCUCACAAAGUAUCAUGCCAGUAGGCAUUCUGCUGUAAUGGUCCGAGCUGUUUUAUUUCAGCUUUGCAGACAAGUCUACAGAUU